GCGGCGGUGAGGUGGCGCGCAAGUUGAUGUGAUGAUGCGGACAGUUGAGCUGACUUGACGUGCGUAGUGCUCGUGCAUCGCGUGUGGAGCAAAGUGUGUGUAACAUCGGCGCCGUGUGGAGGAGCUUGCUUGCUUUCGGGAAUCGCGCGUGCAUCGCAUUCUGUGCCCGGCGAGUGAGGUAUGGUGUGUGUUUCGUCUCUGGAGUCGAAGCUUUCGUCCGACGCAAACAUCGGCGCCUUCAUCGCCGUGUGCAUAUGGCAGAUCAAGGAAACUUGUCGAGGAUGUUUCUGGUCAAACUUUCUGAAGGGAUGGAUUUGACCAAGUUUUCUUGAAGGGACGGAUUUGGCUGAUGUGGCCCAGCCCCUCGCCUCGCCCCGCCCCGCCGCCCUCUGAUAAGUGAAAAAUUUGAUGUGAUGUUUCCCCGUCUGGACAUGAGGACAAGGGUGUGAAGUUCUUUCUCUCUCCCUGUCAGUCUGUUGAGCUCUAAUUAGUCAUCAUCAGUUUAUCCCAAUUAUCGCCAAUUAACUAAAUCAGUAAUCGGUAAGUGGCAAAUAUAUCUCUGCUCGCCGAUUGUUUCUGCUACUACCUCAGACCGUGUACCUGUCAGAGGCAGAGAUGGCUCGACUUGUGCCAGCGGUCGCUGCCGCUGGCACAGUGGCUGGUGGAGCGUGUUCCAAGCAGCCGGGCUUGUUUCGCUGCUGGUCCUUUGGAGAUGGCGGCGGUCGGCCGGCAGGCAACGGUGGUAGCGCAGCCCCACAGCAGCAGAAACAGCUUCUUCAUAUGAGUCCGGUCGUUGUGGGCGGUCAACGAGGCUAUGGCGGACGGAGAGCAGCUUGCUCAGCCUGCUGUUCGUCAUUCUUGACGAGGAGGAAUAGCAUAAGAGUGGCAGACUCGAGAGGAUCUGAGAAUGUGUCGCUGCGUCAGCGGGCUGGAUGCCGCCGCCGCAGAGGUUUCAAUUUCGCCGUUCGAUGCGACGGCACGCAACCGGCCAAGGGAGGUGCGGAAGGCUUGCGAGAUGUUUAUCCUGAAGUAAUGGAAGUCGAGCAAGAGUCCAGUUACUUGGAUCUUCUUUUUGAAACGGAUUCCGAGAUGAUUUUCCGACGGCAUUAUGAGAUAAUGUUUCUGAUCCAUGAAGACCACUUCGAGGAGGUGGAUGACAUCAUCAAGAAUCUUAAAGAUUUUGUUGUCGAGAAGAAGGGAGUGAUCUGGCGAGUCAAUGAUUGGGGAAUGAGAACUCUUGCAUACAAGAUUAAGAAGCGGGGUAAGCGGGCAGCAGCGAGGGCGAACUACGUUCUGAUGAACAUUGAAAUGUCUCCAGAGGCGCUCGCAGAGCUGGACAAGAAACUGUUAACGGACGACAGAAUCAUCCGGCGAAUGAUCCUGCAACAGAAAGCCGGUAUUUCAGAAGACUGCCCAGCACCGCCAGAUUACGAGGCACAACGAGCGGCAGCGAGCAGGAGGGGCAGUGAAGUCGACGAUGAGGAUGAAGACGAGUAUGAAUAUGAAGAGGUUAUAGAGUAUGUAUAUGAGGGCGAUGAUGUUGAGGACGGUGAAGAGGUUGAAUACGAGGAGGUGGUUGAGAUGCUGGAGGAGGAGGAGGAGGAGGAAGGGGAGGAGGAGGAGGAGGAGGCAGAGAUUGGAAAGGGCGAGGAGGGCCAAAGGCAGACUGUGGCUGCUUCUGGUUGACCCUGUUCGUUGGGUCUGGGUCAUGAGUGUCAUUUGUCCUUCGAAGUAUGGCAUGCCUCUUCAAAUGAAGUCUCAGCCUCGCACCCGAAUCUCGACACCGUACCAGUGUUCAGAAGAGGGGAAGCACAGUUUUUGGGCUGCAGGCAGCGUCCGGAUUCUUUUGACUUGUAGUCUGUAAAUUCUGCUUUCGUAAGGAGUAGGUAAUCACCGUUUCGGUCGGUCGGGGGAUCCGUUGAAAUUGGAACGAUACAGAGAAAGAAGGUUGUUAGGGCCCCUGUGCAAGGAUGAAACACGUGCAAAAAAAGAAGAAGAAGAAGGUAAGCACUCUUUUUCAGUGCAGUGGUGCAAAUGUAUUGCCCUCAUUACCACGGCACCAAGAAGAAGUCGUUUGGUUUGAAUCUGAUCUAACGAGCUCGCAUUUUGCGCACUUAGUUGUGUUUUAUUAUGAAUCCUUUGUCCUGAUUUCUUUUUCACAUUCUUUCCUUAUUCCUCCUACAAAGGUUUGCUGCCAAAAAAGAAGUAGUUUGUUUGGUUAUAUGCUUGUAUAUGUGCCAUAGCUGGUUAUUUGCUUUUGAGG